AGCAUUCGAAGUUGCUCUACGCGAAGGGUAUUAUUAAAAAUCGCAAAAUGUUGACACAAUCGCAGUAUGAAGAAUAUAAAUUUGUGUGCCGCUUGGAUCACAUCAAGACCUUUUACGCAGCCAUCAAGUCCAUCUGCUUCAGUGAUUUUGGCACACUCCAAGCUAGUGAGGAUGGACUACUUAUUACUGUGGAACAGGGCAAAUCUAUUCAGGCCACCAUUUUCAUUGCGCCUGCCUUUUUUGCGGAAUUCCACAUUCAGGACUCUCAAAGCUUCAGCGUGAAGAUCAAUGUGCUAGCCGAGUGCCUGAGUCUCUUUGGGCUGGCUGAUUGUGGCAUCAAAAUGUUGUAUAAGGGUGAAGGAUCGCCAUUACUGAUCUUACUGGAGCCCCACGACGACGAGCAGGUGAGCACAGAGUGCGCUAUUAAGACAACCAACGUGGAGGAGCCCAUGGAGUAUGAACUGGACGCGAACAGCUCCAGUUUAAAUACAAUAUUUAUGCGUGGUCCAGAUCUGUCCAACAUUUUUCACGAACUGGAUAAAGCUGCUGAGGAAUAUGAAUUCACGAUUUCGCCAUUGAAACCCCACUUCAAGAUUGCCACGCUCGGCGUCAUGCAGGCUGAAUCCAGCGUGGAAGUGGCGAAAUCAAGUGACAUGAUUAUUUUGUUUAACUGCCGCGAGACAACAGUGGCCCAGUAUAAAAGCCAACAGAUACGGUUGACCAAUAAGGCAUUACAGGUGGCCACAAAGGUGGCUAUCAAAACAGAUGCCAGUGGUCUGCUGGAGCUGCAUUUUAUGAUGCAGUCAGAUGAUCAGGAGGAAAUGUAUGUGCGGUUUUUCAUAACACCGUUACUGGAAGUAAAUUAGACUAUCUGGCAGCACAGUCAUUCAUUCUGUUAGAAUGCCCUGUAUGACAAAAUAAAUGGGAUUCAUAAGUUACAAAAAUGUGCGUAUCAGGUUGAAUUGUAAACAGGUUUAUUUUGAGAAUAAAGAAAUUGCUUUUUUAGAACAUA